AGGAAUCAUACGCAUAUAUAUCCAAACAAAGAUGGGUGAUGAAGGAAAAGGUCUCGAUUACAUGUAUACUGGAUGCUUUAACAGAGAUAUAAGUAGGUUGGGGCUUCGUCGAUAUUAUGAAAAACCUCAAUGGUAUAUGUCUCCAUUUGCUUGUAUAAAAUAUUGCCGAAAAAGAGAGCCCAGUCAAUUUGUUGGGAUAACGAGUGGAAACGUCUGCAGUUGUGGUUAUAACCGAUACAUCUUUGAUACCAAUGGACCUUUCAAAGUAAACGACACAGAGUGUGAUAUAAAUUGUUUUGGUCACGAAAUUGAAAAGUGUGGUGGUAAUUCGACGUUUUCCAUCUAUGAUAUUGUAGCAAACACACCAAGACCAUCAGUGCUACCACCAAGCCACAUCACGUUUCCUCAUAGAAUCACUAGAGAUACUGAGAAUGAAGGUAUCAUUGCUGGUGUUUCAGUCGGCUUGACUUUAUUAGUGAUAUUGGCAAUAGUAAUCGUAUUGAUUAUAAAAAGGUCUAGGUCAAAUGCAAAGAGAUCUUUGCAAUCCUGUUCCAAUACGAGUGCGUCGGUGAGAUAUGACAACAUCCAACAAUCUCUACCGGGAGUUUACAAUCCGUAUGCGACACUUACCGUUGCCAAUGAUUGUCAGACCUAUGAUGAUUUAAUGCCUACAGAAAUAACAUAUGAAAAUACCACAAAAAUGGCAACACACUAUAAUGAAUCGACACAAGACAAAAAACACAAGAAAAGAAGGAAGAAAAGGACGAAAAGAUGAUUUUAUCAAAUUGAUUACGUUCUAUGCUUGAACGGCAGUGACCAGAAGAUGGUACCUUUCCAAGAAUAAUCGCAUCCCAUAUUUUCAAUUAUUAUAUGCUCAAAUACUCAUACAAUCUGAUAUUUUCAAAUACAAUUGAUUUAAUGAAUUGACAAACAACACAUAUGCUUUUCUUUAUGACAAAUAACAAUACAUUUCGAGCAAAAUA